AUGGUUGCUAUAGUAGCAUCCUCGCGACUUGCAGCCGCCGCCUCUCGGAUCUCUGCUUCUACGAGUAGCUCCCGUAGCGUUACGGCUAGCAGCGCUAGAACGAGUAUUCGUAGCGCGAUCAGUUCUUCUGACGCGAUGAGUGCGAGUAACGCGAUCAAUGCUAGUAGUGCGAUGAGUGUCACUAACGCGAGUGCCUGUGCGAGCAGUGCUGCGGUCCUACGCGCUGCAGGCGCGCGCGCACAGGAGCCCUUUCCCCCCGCCUCCGCCGUCAAGGUUGCGCAUCCGCGCUGGACCUGGGGGGCGCGGGGGAGCCAUUCGCGCGCGACAGUCGGCUUGGACACGAGGCAAUGCGCGAGGUCGACCCGGUGUCACGCAUUCGUGGGAUCCGGUCGAGCGAGUAGCAGGAGAGCAGGGGAAGAAUUUGAAGGAGAGUUACGUGACGGUCGUGCGUUAGCGAGGCGUUCUUAUACAGGGGAUGAGACAGGCGGGUUCGAUGAGAUCGACGGUGAGGAUUGGCUGGACGGCGACGAUGACUGGCUCGAAGACGGCCGUGUAUCGGCGCCAUUAGAUCUACUCGAUAAGAGCAGCAGCAGUAACGCGGACAGCAGCAGUGGCAGCGCGGUUCCGUCUAACCGCCAGUCGUGGUUGACGGAGGACGAAGGCGGGUCGGCGUCAGGCGGAGAGGCAGCGCCCGAAGGACCGCUGGGGGGGAAGCUGGGGAAUGCGGAGCGGAAGGAGCUCCGCGCGUAUGCGCACCGCAUGGGCAACCGGAUAAGCACGCACCAGAUUGGCAAGUGGGGAGUGACGUCUACAGUCAUCACCUCCUUGCAUGACGGCCUGGAGAAGCACGAAUUGCUCAAGAUAAAAAUUUCUGACAACUGCCCGGAUGAGGCAUGGGAGGUGGGACAGAUCCUGGAGGAGAAACUAGCCGCACAAGUGGUGGGUUUGAUCGGGCGCACAGCACUGCUCGGGGUGGAGGGAGGCGGGAUGCUGGACGAUCGAGGAGAGGAAUUGGGGAUGAUGAGGCUAGGGAUAGUGGGGCGCGGGGUAGAAGUGGUGGAGCGGGGCGUGGGGGAGGCAGGCAAGGUCGAGGAGGGACCCAGAGAAGGGGAAGGUAGCAUGGAGUUAUGCAGCUGA